AUGUACAGUUUUAAGUAUAUAAAGCGACUUGUUCCGCUGUGUGGUGAAUUUUGUGCAUGUUUUGGCUUUAAUUCCCAACUAAAGAAGUGCCGUAUCCUUCAGUCAUGUGACCGAUCAGACAUGACUGUUGAUGAAACAGGAUGGAGGUACUUUUGCCCCGACGAUUGGGCUGUGGACUGCAGGGAAGUUCGUGAAAAAGGGCACACUCGAUCAGGUGUUUACAAAAUUAAACCAUUUGGGAAAUCAAGCCAAGCAAUCAGCGUCUAUUGCGAUAUGGAGACGAGUGGCGGAGGAUGGACGGCUAUACAAAGAAGAAUGUCAGGAUUCGUGGAUUUUAAUCGAACGUGGAAUGAAUAUAAAGCUGGGUUCGGGAUCCCGGAGGCUUAUUGGAUUGGAAAUGACGUAAUCCAUCAACUCACGAAGGGCGGGAAAUCAUCGUUGUAUGUUUCCAUCAGUUUAAAAAAUGAUACAACAUUGUAUGAAUUGUAUGAGCAGUUCUCCGUGUCUAUUGAGGUUGAUAAAUACAGGCUCCUUCUGAAUGGAUCAGCGACAGGAACCCUCGGGGACAAAUUGGGAAAUGCGACAUACAUUCCGGGUUCUGAAUCAGUACGCAAGAUUGCCGCUGGUAGUCGUUUCAGUGCACCUGAUCAGGAUAAUGAUGCCUGGGAAGAAUCUUGUGCCGCACUUUACAGGGGAGGAUGGUGGUUUAAUGCUUGCUGUAGAACCUUCCUAAACGGUCCUUGGAAUUCAACGGAAUGGUUUCCUCUGUGUUAUCCUAUCAUUAUUCGCGGUACAGAUCCUGAAGCGUUCUACUACGCCAUUGGAACAGUGAACGAACAAUGA